AUGACGGUUUUCUUUCCACGGUGGCCACUAAUGGGAACAGCACCUUCAGCACUUUGUGUGAUCAGCAUGCUACUUUGCCUUCCUGCUGCAUCAUGCACAGCCUGCCCUCAGAGAUGCCGCUGCGAGGACCUGCAGUUUUACUGCGACACACAGGGACUCCUGGCGCCCCCGGACGGCGUGGACAAAGAGGCCACGGGGCUCUCGCUCCGACACAACAGCAUCGGCGAGCUGAAUCAGGACCAGUUUUUCGGAUUCACCCAGCUAACCUGGCUCCACCUGGACCACAACCAAAUACUUAACGUGCAUGAGGAGGCCUUUCAGGGCCUCUACAAGCUCAAGGACUUAAACCUGAGCUCUAACCGUAUCACUAAGCUGCCCAACACAACCUUCAUCCACCUCAUCAACCUCCAAAUCCUAGACCUAUCCUUCAACCAGAUGACCGCACUCGAGCCGGAGCUGUUCCACGGGCUUCGUAAACUCCAGAUCCUCCACCUGAGGUCCAACUUCCUGAGGACUACACCGGUGAGAGCCUUCUGGGACUGCUGGAGCCUGGAGUACCUCAGCUUGAGCAACAACCGACUUCGAAGUGUGGCCCGGAAUGGAUUUGCUGGGCUUGUUAAGCUACGAGAACUCCAUUUGGAGCACAACCACUUGACCAAGAUAAACUUGGCUCAUUUUCCGCGCCUGGUUGCGCUGCAGUUCCUCUAUCUGCAGUGGAACAAGAUUAACAAUCUGACGUGCACCAUGGAGUGGCAGUGGACCACUCUGGAGAAGCUGGACCUUACUGGGAACGAGAUACGUACGCUGACUUCUGAGGUGUUCGAAACGCUUCCCAACCUGAAGGUCCUGCUUCUGGAUAACAACAAAUUGACCAGCCUUGAUAUCCAAAUUAUGGAUAUGUGGAGCUCCUUGACCACCAUCGGGUUGUCCAGCAACCUUUGGGAUUGUACCAAACGGAUUUGCAGCUUGGCGAGUUGGCUGAGUAAGUUCAUGGGUCGAUGGGAGCAGUCUAUUCUGUGCCACAGCCCUGAGUACACCCAGGGUGAGGAAAUAUUAGAUGCCGUGCAUGGAUUCCAACUCUGCCAAAACAUCUCAGCACCUCUGGUAAGGACCAGCACCACGACAGAGGCCACGUUGCCCCAACAGUUUACAGACUCCAUGUUUGGAAAAAUGCAGACACCAACACAGAACCUCUUUGCUGACAACUUUGGGAGGUUUACCACUGGAACUACUACUAAUGCUACUACCAGAACCCAACAAACUAUCACACAGUCCAUUUUGGACACCACUGUGGACGCUACCAUGGACAUCACCACUACAGUGGAAGGACCAGACGUGACUGAAGACUAUACCAUGAGCGGGGACACGAUUCUGACCCAGAGGAUCGUCAUGGGUACCAUGGCUCUUUUAUUUUCUUUCUUUCUUAUCCUUUUUGUAGUCUAUGUCUCGUGGAAAUGCUGCCCUCGCACCCAAAAGCAGAAGGGGACCGAGCAAAGGCAGCCGGUGGCAGACCUGGCGUCGCAGGUGCCCUACAACGAGGGGUCACUCGUGAUUGUAAACGGCUACGGGCAGUGCAACUGUCAGCAACUGCCUUACAAAGAGUGUGAAGUAUGAACUCUAUUUAUUCCUGCAGUUCAUGAGUUUUUUUCAGU